AUGGCCGACUAUGACGCCGCACGACGCAUCUUUUGCGUGAUCGACCCCGGCAAUGAGACGCGAGACCGCAUUACCAUCGACCUCUCCGACGUCGAGUCGGCCUGUCGUCAUCUCGGCGUUGCUCUCUCGAGCUACGAGCUCACACAAGCCAUGUACGACCUCGAUAUGGCCGGCGAUUUGGUUGUUGAGCUCGACGUCUUUGUCUCGUGGUGGCAAGCGCGCCUUGCGUCCAAGAUCGACGACGCGGCAAUGGCCGAGCCGGCGCCAAUCGUACGUCUCUGGGAACACGUGAUCGAGCUCGAUGGCAGUGUCUGCUAUUACGACUACACGACCGGCGACGUUGUGUACGCGUUGCCAGAUCUUAUUGCUAGCAUCCUCGCGGCUUACGAGCUGCCCGACAAGUCGUCGAUGGACGAGAAGCUCCAGUGCUGGUUCCAGCGCUUUGACAUCGAUCAGAGCGCGUUCUUGGACGUUGACGAGUGGCGCAGUAUGCUCAUCGCUCUGAGUCUUCCCGUGCCCCCGAAAGGAACGGUGCCUCCUACGAUGCGUGACGUCGCUGGGGGGUUUGGUGACGCGACACGAAUUACCUUUGAAAUGCUGCAAAAGUACUGGUACGCGCAUGCCCCGCAGCGUGUGCGGCGACGCCUCGUGGACUUUCCCGAGUGGACAGAGACAAUCGACGAGUGUGGUGCCGUGUUCUACACCAACGACCGCACUCAGGUCAUUCAGUGGAUGCCCCCCGCGCUACCUGCGCAACUGCAUGUCUUCUUGGACAAGUCCCCCGGUGCCACGAUCGAUAUCAAGAUCGAUCGGCUCUUUGCCUCUUUGGACGCCGACAACGACAUUUCGCUGAGCGCCAAGGAGCUGCAGUCGCUGCUCAAGACGCUAGGGUACACGGACUGGCCGCUUGGGCGCGUGGAAGCCGCCAUCCGUGCGCUUGAGCCCGGAUACGACCUGGCCUCGAAAGCGACCGUGCUCGCCUGGAUGCACAGCUGCAACAAGAAGGCAGUGUUGGGGGACUGGGAAGAGUACACUGACGAAAGCAGCGGCCAAGUGUUCUAUUACAAUCCGCUCACACAGGAGAGUCAGUGGGAGCCGCCGCAGGUGACGUCGCACCUUCAAGCGCUCCUCGACAAAUUUAGUUCGGACUCGACCGUGACGAUGAGAGACAAGAUGCGACGUCUCUUUCAGCAGUACGACACGGACAACACCGGCUCGCUGGACGCCACCGAGCUCAAGCGCGUAUGCGCAGCCAUGGGCCAAUCCCUCGACGAGACAGACAUGCAGGCCAUGAUUCGCGCGAUUGACACGUCGGGCGACGGGCUGGUCAGUCUCGAUGAGUUCCAAGCGUGGUGGCUCUCCAAGCAAGCCGUGGAUGUGCAGUGGGAAGCGCAACACGAGACACUUUCCCGUGCCGAUCACGUCCGGCAACUCUGUGCCACGUACUUGAAAGUCCCAAUUCCCAUCUUUUUGGCAUCGCCGUUCGAUUCCAACGCGAUUCCUCGUCUUGUGCAAGCUCUCGGCCGCGUGUGCCGUGGCAAAGCUCUUUUGGAAGCCUUGCACAAUCUGGACCCGGAGAGUACACAUGUCGUCGACCCCGAAGCUUUUGUGCAAUGGUAUCUCGCCUACGACACGGCGUGCGCAGCCCAGGAGAAGCGACGGCGCGAAGAAAAGCGGGCCCAAGAAGCCGUCGACGCAUGGAUCGAAUCCAAGGACGAGCAAGGCAAAACGGUCUAUAUCAACAGCCGCACCAACGAACGCGUGUGGGAAAAGCCAGGGAUUCAAGAGGCCAUGCAGACGCUCUUGGCAUCCGUUGGUGGCCACGACGUCCGCGCUAUUUUUCGUCGGUUUGAUGAAGACACAUCCGGUACCAUUGAUGCGGCGGAGCUCAAGCACCUCUUGAUGGCGCUCGGGCAGUCGGUCGAUGACGCCCAGCUGCCACAGAUUCUGGCUGCCAUGGACACGGGCGGUGACGGUGUCAUUUCACUCGAGGAGUUUACGACGUGGUGGGUCUGUAUGCAGCGGCGGUCGAUCGCGUCCCUCAACGCCCAAGCCCUCACAUCCCAAGUCAUCAACUACCACGCGAUGACCAAAGACUCGAUCCGCGCCUUGCGACACCUGUUUGCGCAAUUUGAUACGGACCACUCGGGUUCAAUUGACGAGAACGAGCUCAAGCACCUCCUUGCCCGGCUCAAUUGGUCGAUAUCCGACGCCGAGCGGCAUCGACUCAUGCAAGUCAUCGACACGAGCGGUGACGGACAAAUGGACUGCGACGAGUUCAUUGCGUGGUGGGUCUCGGUGCACCGCGAGCUCGAUAUUAAAAGGGCCGCACAAGCCAACGGCCAUCUCUUGGCCGACGCGAAGGCAGCUAGCGCCACUGGAAAAGAGGAUCCGUCCCUCUUGGCGUCUCUCAAAGCCAUCGACUUGAGCGAAGUAUCGUUUGCGAGUCUCAAGGACAAGCUCUCGGACUUCAAGUACCGCCUUCUCGCCCCCAAGCUCGGCGAUUAUCUGCCAGAUGAAACCGAGCCCGAGGUGUACGACGCCGGCCGCGUGCGCUUCCUCGGCACGAUCAAUGUCACUGCCAUUCACCCCAUCAUUGUCGACACGAUGCGGAGUCUUCUCGAUGACGUCGUGCUCGUCACGCCGCUUAUGCUGGCGGAUGCCGCGCAGCGCAUUCAGAAAAUGUACCGCGCCAAGCGGGCCCGUCGACAACUCAUAUUGACGCUCAACGAACGGUAUGUCCACCACAUUGACCGUGUCACGGGCGCGUCGUACUAUAUCAAUCGACUCACAAAAGAAGUUCGGUUCGACAAGCCAUCGCUGCUGGGCGAGCACGAAAUUUUAACGCCACGGACUGCGCUGCGAGAGAAGCACACGAAGCUUGCGCUGCGCCGGCGCCGGCUCUGGCUCGAACGCGUCAUGCCCACCAUGGCACUGCAAGGCCGGGCCACGUAUCGAACCUCGGCGUUCUUCAUAUACGACGUGCUCUGCAACGUCAAGCGGCGACUACAGAGAGGCGUGUGGCCCGCACUACUCGAGCACGACCAUGUCCUCGCGCAGCUGGUUGUUCGUCGGUACCCUCGCCAGCUCAAACGACUUGGCCCCCACGGCGACUACCCGCUGCAUUACGCCCUUCGCGAGGCCUUGCCAUCCGACGUGAUUAUUGCUUUUCUUCAAGCGCAUGACGAGGUUCUGUCGCUUGUGAAUGCGACGGGGCACACGCCAAUGCACCUCUUGGCACGGGCGCCCAAGAUGCGCCACAGUAUGCGAUUGUUGAAUGCGUUUUUGGACGCACCCCGGGGCAUCGAGACGUGCACGAUGGUGACACAAGCAACGCGCUUGACGCCACUGCACUUGGCGCUGCAGCACCACGCGCCAAGGGCAUUCCUUUUGCGACUCAUGACGGCGUGCCCCGGGGCCUUUCGCCUACGCAAUAACAAAUUCGAGCAGCCACUCCACCUGGCGGUGCGAAGCGCGCGCAAACCCUUCUCGCUGCGGCUCCAGAUCGUGCAAGACUGCAUCGCCCACGGAAGUCCGAUGGAACCUGUUUCCGAAAAUGCGUUCCCAUUGCACUUUGGCCUUGUAAACGGAGUGCCCGAAGGGAUGCUGCACUUGCUCCUCGACGUCCAGCCCAGCGCUGUGGCCCACGUCUACCGCCGGCUCUUGCCUCUCUUUUUGGCCAUCAAAAAAGGGUACCCGCCCAGUCUCUUGAUGCGCCUUCUCGAGAUGACAAUGACACAAGUACCGGCCGUGCAUACGUCCAAGGGCUUCAACCCGCUGCACUACGCGCUGCUCUAUCGCAUGCCGCCCUCGUUUGUACUGCAGCUGCUCGCGACGUGUCCCGCAUGGGCCAACGAAAUGACGAUUCGGAACGAGUACCCGUUGCACGUCGCUGCCAUGUACAAUGAUGAGAUGGCUGUCCUGAAAGCGCUUCUGGAAACUGCACCAUUGGCUGCUCGCCACAUCAACGACGCUGGCUGCCUUCCACUGCAUCUGGCGGUGCUACGCGGUGCGACUGCGACGGCCAAAGAGCUUCUGCACGCGUGUCCGUGGGUCCUUUUGCAAACGAUCCAAGGUACCAAGUACGACGCUCUCCUUCUUGCAGCGCGCGUGCGGGCCAAGUGGCCCAACAACAAGGCGCUCGUGGACCUCUGUCUCUUCCCGCCGCGAUUGGCGCCGGCGCGGCCCAAGUAUGCGCCCUUGGCGCUAACACCGUAUUUCGUGGCCGCCAACACGCGCCUGAGUGCCAUGCAGACGUUUGACACAUUGCACAUGCUGGAUCACUGCAGCACCGACGACUUGGAAGCGAUCGCGCGCAAGAAGCUGCGCGGCGCGUUCCACAAGCCGACGAAGGAGUGGGAUAUCGCCAAGAUCCUCGCACUCAUGGCCCGCAACCCGCUGGACGCGGCGGUGCAGCUGCGUAGCCUCCUCGCGCUCAACCAAAAGGUGUGCAAUUACGACGAGGCGGCGCGGGAAGCGUGCGUGGAGACAUAUGAUAUUGUACGCACGGUGCAGUACACAAUGUACGACUUUACGCCCAACGCGCGCAUUCAAAUCCUCGGGCAAGCGUGCUUGAACCACUUACUGCCGACGCCCUUUGCCAAGGCCAAGUACCAGAGCCGCGUGGACCCGCUGUAUAAGUUUUAG